AUGACAAAUUAUUGCCAUUGCACUUUUGCUGUUGGAGAAAAUUUAACUUCACGCUGUGGAUUUGGGAACAGAAUACCUUGUGAGGAGGAGGAAGCUUCUAGUGAUUUUGAACUUGUGGAAAAUGGUGUGGAGGAAGAUGAAGGUGACAGGCUGAGUGAUAUCAUUGGAACAAAUGGAGGUAAUGUGGUGAAGUACAAUUAUAAAGGGCAGUUGUUAGAUCAUCACUCUUAUUCCGACGAUCCAGAUGGAUCCCAAGUGGUCAUGUAUACAGAGUCUCUACUUUCACUUCCUGCGGGGGCUGAGCAAUAUCUGCAUUACGAAUUGAUCAUUCAAAUUUUGGUGAGGUUGCCCGUGAAAUAUCUUAUACGUUUCAAGUGCGUUUGUAAAUCUUGGUUUUCUCUCAUCUCCGAUCACAAUUUUGCUAAUUCUCAUUUUGAACUUACUGCCGAAUCACACACUCGUAGAAUUUUAUCCAUAUCAUCACAUUCACCUCUUGAGUUUCGAUCUAUAGAUUUUGAGUCAUCAUCGCUUAACAAUCAUUGGGCUUCACUCAACCUUAAUUUUUCACUUCCUCAAUCUUAUUUUACUCCUGAUAUUAGAGGUUCGUGUAGAGGCUUUAUAUUUUUGCAUUGUUCUUCCAACAUCUGCAUAUGGAAUCCAUCCACCAGAUUUCAUAAACAGAUACCAUUGUCUCCUUUUGAUACCAAACUAAAGGAAUAUCAUUUUGAUCAUCUAUAUGGUUUUGGUUAUGACCGGUCAAGAGAUGAUUACUUGGUUGUUUCAUUGUCCUAUGAUCCAACCAUGGAUGAUAUUUCACCAAAUUUUGAGUUUUUCUCAGUGAGAGAUAAUACAUGGAAACAAAUUGGGAUGGAGGAUACUCACUUCGCUUAUAUGAUUUCUACUAAUGAUCAUCGGAAAAUAGGGGUUCUCUUUAAUGAGGCUAUUUAUUGGUUGGCUUUUCGUUAUGAUUUAAAGGUGUUUGUCAUUGUUGCCUUUGAUUUGAUGGAAAGGAAACUGUUAGACAUGCCUACUCUUCCGGAUGAUUUUAUCCAUCAAACUUCAGAUUGUGGUUUGUGGGUAUUUGGAGAAUUUCUCAGUCUUUGGACUUUGGAGGACCAUAACAAAUUUCAAAUGUGGGUGAUGAAAGAUUCCAAGUUGCAUUCAUCUUGGACUAAGACUCUUAUUCUACAGAUUGAUGCAGUCAUUCCUAAAUUUUCCCCUAUAUGCUCUACAAAGAAUGGUGACAUUAUUGGAACAGAUGGUGGUUCUGGAUUGGUGAAAUAUAAUAAUGAUAAAGUACAACUCUUAGACUACCACUCCUACUAUAACAAUUCAGUUGGAUCCAAAGUGGCUAUGUAUACAGAGUCUCUACUUUCACUCCCCGCUGUCCAUGAACAAGUUCAAAAAGAUGACACAAACAAGAAGAACAAGGUUUUGAAAUAUUCUCCUUCACCAUUUUAUUUAUAUUUAUAA